UAUUUUUGUUUCAGUUUGACCAACGUAACGUGCAGCAACAAACAUCAACAAAAACAAAAACAAAUUUGGAUUUCUGCAUACUCUGCUGUUUUCUCUGCUGAAAAUUCUGCCCCAAUGCUAUCUCUGCACCCUCUCAAACAGUGUGGUGACAUCAAAACUAACCGAUAGGUUACUUGAUUCUGACACUUCGUGUGCUCGGCCAAUCCACUAUGGGUUCGGAGCAGAGUACAUCUGCUGGUGGUGGUGCUGGCCAAUGGCCCCAGCGUUCCGUCUCAGCAGCAGCUGACAGCAGAGUCAACCAGUUUCGUCGAGGGAAAUCUUUGGCGGAACGGUCUGAAAGCUCCAUGGAGGAUCACGAUGAUUCUCCUGGCAAUCGCCCUGGGAACACAUCUCCUGGUCCCAGUAUUUGUUCUGAUUCUGACUUACCGUAUAUUUCAUAUACUGUCAGUCGCCCAAUUGGAGGUGAGGAUUCGCCAAAGCUGUCCAACAAGCAACAGCUUCAGCGUGGCCGGUCUCUUGGGGGCGCAAUGCCUAGCUUACAACUCCAGUCUGGUAGUGCCAACAAGAACCGCCAUUCAACAGGGGGGAUGAUCUCAGGCAGUUCGCAGAAAUGGAAUCAACAGGCACAAAGACCCCACAGCAUAGUUGUAGUUAAAGCAGCAGCUGACCCUGUAACACUGGAGAAGGAUACAGAUCUUGUUCGUCUCCAGAAUGUUCCGAUGUUCUUACCCAUCAUGCGUGGUACACUUAAUCUACCUGCUGCUCGGGAUCCUGAGGUACUGGAAAGGCUUGAUCCAAGUGGAACAUUGAAUUUGUGUCUGCGGUAUCAGCAGCACCUUGCAUUGUGUGCCAAUGCUGUUGCGGCAGAUCAAAACCAAAUUAUUUCGAAAGUGAGAGAGAUUGACUUUGAAACACAAAAGCUAGUAACGUCACUUACUGAGCGUCAGAAGAAAUUUUCAAAGUUUGCUGAAAAACUGCAAAAAGUUAGGGAUGUCUCAAAUCAAUUAAACAAAUGCCAUAUUCUCCUUAACCAAACAUUAGAAAAUAUUGAAACUUUAAAUAAUGCUCUGCCUUUGGACGAUCGUUUAGAGCCAUUUGUUUGGACUACAGGAUGACAAACACCAGAUGAGGAGCAGACACAUGAGAUUGAUGACAAUUCUGAAGAAAUUGAUUUGAAGUAAUUGUAACUUCGGAAUCAAAAUUGCCAUUGCCUGCUUCUCAUCUUCAAAACACUGCACUGUGAUAUUUUUAUUUGCCUAGCUCUGAAUUUUGAUCUCUCUGUGAUGCUGUCUUAGUGUAACCAAUUUUUACAUACAGUGAUGAUGUCAAAUUUGUAUCCUUGUUAACGUUAGGUGUUGUAGACGGUUUGUAGUCAGCUUUUCCCAUCAUCUCCCAAAGGUACAUUCACUGGUGUUUUAUUUUUUUGACAAUUUCAUUUUUGUAUCUGUCAAAAAUAAUGUUAUAAUAAAGGAGCCCUGUAGUAUUAAAUAUA